UUUGUUCAGCAGGCAAAACCAUUCCUUAGAAUUUUUGCUGUUGGAAGCUCCAGGUCUUGACAUUAACUUUCACACGACAGAGAGAAUUAACCAGAAGCUUCAGCGAACAGAAUUGUGAAAAGUUUAGAUCCAUUUUCUUAGAUUUAAAAAUAUUACAAACUAUACUCAAGAACCAAAUUUUACAGUCUAUCUACCACUGGUAUCCAGAGUCUUCGAAUUGUAUAAUACAAGAAAGAAUAGAAAUGAACAUUUACAGCUCUACAGAUUGCAGUGAUAAACUUCACCGACUGGGAAACAAAAUGUCAAAUUCUUGGUUGAAGUAUUAUUCUAGAAAUGCUGGUAGUAAUUAUAUUAGCACAGAUUGAAAGCUGAAUAUCACAUAAGACAACAACACACACAAAAUGCUGGUAGAACAGAGCAGGCUAGGCAGCAUCUAUAGGGAGAAGCGCUGUCGACGUUUCGAGCUGAGACCCUUCGAGCUGAGACGCUUCGUGUGUGUUGUUUGAACUUCCAGCAUCUGCAGAUUUCCUCAUGUUUGCUCUUUAAUAUCACAAAAAAACUUGAUAUUUGUAAGAAAUGUUUUCCUACUAGGCUGGAGGAAUGUGAUUAGUGCAUUACCCCUGUGAUCAGCUCUUGUCCCUCAACUAUUUAUCAAUUAUAUUAAUGAUGUGGAAGUGGGGCCAGAAUAUAAGAAGUCUAGGUUUGAGAUGACACGAAGUAAUCAAAGACUUUUUCUGUAAAGCGCAUUGUGAUCCUGCAAGGAGAUACAGAAUGAGUGAAUGAACAAAAACUUGCAAAUUGAGUUUAAUAUGGGAUAUUGUGAGAUCAUAAAAUGGGGAAGUUUUGUUACAAUUGUAUAGGAUGUUGGUGAGGCCACACACCUGGUGUAUUUUGAAUUGAUUUGGUCUCCUGACAUAAGGAAAGAUUAGCGUUGGAAGCAAAGCAAAGAUGGUUCGCCAGACUAAUUCCUGAGAUGAGAACGUUAGUCUAUCAAGAGAGAAUAAACAGAUUACAUCUGCAUUCGUUGGAGUUUAGAAGCAUAGGGAGGGGGGGUUGAUCUUAAUAAAACAUCUACGAUCCUAAGGAGGCAAUGUAGGGUAAAUGUCAAGAUGUUUUCACUAGUGGAAGCAAUCUGAUGAGAGGAUUUAGAUUCAAGAUAAGGGGCUGAUUUCUUAAAACUGUAGUAUGUAAAAUUUUUCUUGCAGAGUUUAUGAAAUAUUUGGAAUUCUUAACACCAGGGUUAUGGAGACUAAAUGAAUAAAAGUAUUUCAAAUGGAGAUGGGUAAUUUUUUGAAGGAUAAGCAAUUGAGAGCUUUGGGGAUCUGGCACAUAGAAGGUCUGGGAUUAGUAAGCCAUGAUCCUGUACACUAAUGGGCAGGCUGGAGGACCAGGUGGCCCUUAUUGCUCCUAUUCAUGUGUUCCACUGAUAACUAUGUUAAAACAUUUUUAACUUGUCGUAAUCGUCCCUAAAUCAAACUGGUGUUUGAUUUAGCUACAGGACUUUUUUUGUCCAAUAAUAGUUUUCUCUUUCUUCUUUAGGUCGCCAUCUGUUGAGAACCUUAAAGUUGAAGUUUUGUAAAUAAUAUGCUUUUGAUAUUUUAGCAGAAAAACAUCGUCAGUUUUAUAGCAAGUGUAAAGGGGGUUUCUUUUUUUUCUUUGUUACUGUUGGGAAAGGGUUUCCUUUUGUUAACUAGCAGGAAUGCUAAUUUACUGAUAACGAGAAUGGUAUUCCUUUGUAAACCAAAUGGGGAUUAAUGUUCUUUCUUCUGAGUCUGUAAGCUUUUGUUGACAGGCUUUUGGGCAGAACGGCGCGAGGGGGUCGAGAGAGAGGACGCAAUGCUCUAAGCUGGGCGAGGAUCGGACCCCAAAGGGGGGUCCGAGGCCGGGAGAUUCUCCGAGGGGAGGGGGGAUGAAGCUAGAUGUGCUUGGUUGACCACUCGGAGGGUCCUGAGCUGUUUGGAGAGUCGAGGAGUUCGGAGGGUCCUGAGCUGCGAGUCGAGGAGUUCGGAGGGGAUCGAAUGGUGGCCAGAAGACUUCAGAAAUUGAGCUCCAACGGUUGUGCACAAAGUGGUUUGGACUUUGAUAAGUGUGGCGCCUUUUCUUUAAUUUUCUCUUCAUAUAUACUGUAUCGUUAUUAAUCACUUAGUUAUAGUAACCUUUUUUAAAUUGUACUCAUUUAAUCGCAUAUGGUGUACUGUCUGGUUUUGGGCGAGGCGGGGACAUCGCACAGCAUCCACACCAGCUGAUUACCCAGUUUGGCGGGGCCGAAGGCUGCUCCCCCUAGACAAGAACGAGCUGAGCGAGCCUGAGGCGACCCAGGGAGUUACAUUGUGGGUGCUCGUCCGGGAUUGAUUUCUGUGGAAGCUGUGUGAUCACCCUCUUUAAAUUGUGUCUGCGGCGAAGAGCUGGUGUGCCUUUGUGGGUGUGCGAUUGCUGGUUAUUGCUGUGUGUGUGUUGGGUGGGGUGGUUGCUGUUGGCUAACGAAAUGGUGGUGGGACCAUGGGUUGUCCGUACGGUUUGGAGAUUGAGAAGUGACAGGUUGGGAUGUUUCAGCAGUGGUGAGCUCCGCCCGGUUAUUGGAAUAAUGUCCAGCCCUAAAGGGGCGGAGGCGUGGGUGGAGCGGACCUCUUAGUUGUUGGGUGAGUGGCAGUGCUUGGCUGAGGAAAAGCGACAGGGACGGGUUGAAAGUUUGAGUAGGCGGGCUGGUGACUUUGUUAGAACUGUCAGGCGCAAUUACCUCGAAGUGACCGCUGCCAGUUCUGGGAAAGUGUGGGAAAAUGCGUGUGGUUCGACUGGAAGUCAAAUGCCGCAGCUGGGGGGGUUUAUUAUAUCUGUGGCAGGAGAUUGGUGGGAAAUUUUUAGGGUAUCCCUUUUUGCCUAGGGGGGCAGAUAAAUUGCUUGUGGUGUCAAGGGGAUCUGUCAAGGGGAUCAGUUGUUCCGUUGAUUCGAGAGGUGUCGGGAAACUUAGAGGAGGCCCAGUGGGGGAACGGCUUGGGGUCUCUGGGGGAGCACAUUCCCAGCAAUGUACCAAGGAACUCCCGAAAGGAACAGACCCUAUUCCUGAAGGCUUAGAGGGGCCAUGCGCACAGGUGUUGUUACAGAUGGAUGGAAGUCAAGUUAAAGCCAUCCUCGGCACCGGGGCGCCGGUGAAGUUGCUGUACAGUUUGUUUCAUAACCGUUAUUGGAAGCAUUUACCCUUGACAACAUUUAGGACACUGGAGAUUCGGGGUACCAGUGCCGGUGAUUAUCCAGACAACGGUUGUUGGUCAGUGAAAAUGGAGUUCUUAGAGGCAAAUGUGGAGGAGACUGAGGUUCAUGAAUCGUUAAUGCUGAUGUGUCCGGACCCUGUUGAGACGGGCAGCGUUUCUGUUCUAGAGAGAACCAAAAUCCUGCUGGUGCGCUUGGGAGCCUGCCCGGAGGAGGCGGGUGAGCGCUGUUUGGAGGCAUUGUCGAUGCACCCAGGGUUUCGAGCUGCUUGUGCGGACGUGUGUAGCAGCAUUGGGCUGAUACCGAAUUCAAACAAGAGCCAGUGGUGGUACGGCCUGGGGGAAGUAUCUGAGGGUGAGACCCUCUUCGUGGAAGCUGCAAAAUACCACAAGGGAGGGGAGUUGACUGCUGAAGACACCUCGGAGAGAGAGAGGUUGCGGCGACUGGCCCCUACAGCCGUGGAAGAUGUAGGCAGCGUGUGUAUGGAUUAUAUUGCGUUGAAGAGGCGCACUGUCAGUGACCAGAAUAUGGCCCUGAGGGCCAGAGAGGCGAUGGCCUGUCUGAGUGGUGUGAAGUGGUUUAAGGUGCUGGAUCUGAGGAGUGGAUGUUGCCAGAUCCCGAUGAGUGUGGCCAACAAGGAGAAGACGGCCGUUAUAAAUUCCCUAGGAGUCUUCAGGUCCAAAAAGAUGCCACAGGGCAUAUCUGGAGCCCUUGCAACCUUCCUGCGGGGCAGGUGGAAGACCAUAGGGGAUGUGGAGGCGUUUGGAGUUUUGGUGUAUGUGGAUGAUCUCUUGGUAUUUGGAUUUGCCUCAGGAGAAUAUGAAGUGAGGUCGUUGCAGGAGCAGCUGAGAACUACCGAGUUAAAGUGUUUUCGGGACACGUGCCAGGGCUGGCGAAGGUCGCAGCUCGUGAGAGACUGUCUCUACGGAAUCAAGUUUGAAAUGAAGACGGAGAGACUGGAGAAAGUGAUCUGGAACCAUUCGGAAGACUUACAAGUUGGAGAGAAUGAAGAAAGUUGUCUGACUGAGGGUAAUAGCAAACUGAGAACCCGGAGAGGGGAGUUUGCAGAGGUGAAGAAAUUACAGACGAAUCUCAGAAGAGAGAAGCGGAAGCUUGAAGGGAACCUGAAGAUGACCAUCGACAGUUCAAAUGAAGUGCAAAACCUGAAAGUUGAUCUGGAAGAAGUCAUGAGGAAGAAAAAGCUGGAGAGAAGUGCAGUGAAUACUGAACAGGAGGCUGAAGAGACUGCGGGAGCAGUGCAGGCCACGUGUUUCCGUUUGGAGAAGAUCAAACAGCAGCUACCGAUCACAGGAAUGAGGAAGAAUACAGAUUCGAUGGAUGAUGUGCUGGAUGUGUGGUACAUGCUGCCUUUUGCUGACUUUCCCUCGAUUGAGGAAGAGACCUUUGGCCCUUCUCCCAUUGAGUCAGGUGUAGCGGGGAGGGUUAGCUGUGUGCAGUGUGGGGCAUGAGUGAGAGGUUGAGAGAGGAGUUGGUAGUGGGCCCAAGGUAUCCUCAGUUGUGUCCGAGCCUGAAGGGUUUAGGUGAGGGGGUACGGAGGCCUCAGAAGGGUUAGGGAACUCCCAGAUAGUUGGCCUAAGUAGCGCCUGAGGAACAGGGCGUGAGGGUUACUGUGUGGGGAGGAGAUGUCACUGUUUGUGCUUGGGUUACGGUGUGUUGGCAGGAAAGGUGGCGAGUUAUUUAGUAGUCAUGAGGACAUGACUUUUAUUUGGUGGAGGAAGUGUGUAAAGGGGGUUUCUUUUUUUUCUUUGUUACUGUUGGGAAAGGGUUUCCUUUUGUUAACUAGCAGGAAUGCUAAUUUACUGAUAACGAGAAUGGUAUUCCUUUGUAAACCAAAUGGGGAUUAAUGUUCUUUCUUCUGAGUCUGUAAGCUUUUGUUGACGGGCUUUUGGGCAGAUCGGCGCGAGGGGGUCGAGAGAGAGGACGCAAUGCUCUAAGCUGGGCGAGGAUCGGACCCCAAAGGGGGGUCCGAGGCUGGGAGAUUCUCCGAGGGGAGGGGGGAUGAAGCUAGAUGUGCUUGGUUGACCACUCGGAGGGUCCUGAGCUGUUUGGAGAGUCGAGGAGUUCGGAGGGUCCUGAGCUGCGAGUCGAGGAGUUCGGAGGGGAUCGAAUGGUGGCCAGAAGACUUCAGAAAUUGAGCUCCAACGGUUGUGCACGAAGUGGUUUGGACUUUGAUAAGUGUGGUGCCUUUUCUUUAAUUUUCUCUUCAUAUAUACUGUAUCGUUAUUAAUCACUUAGUUAUAGUAACCUUUUUUAAAUUGUACUCAUUUAAUCGCAUAUGGUGUACUGUCUGGUUUUGGGCGAGGCGGGGACAUCGCUCAGCAUCCACACCAGCUGAUUACCCAGUUUGGCGGGGCCGAAGGCUGCUCCCCCUAGACAAGAACGAGCUGAGCGAGCCUGAGGCGACCCAGGGAGUUACACAAAAACAUUUUGUGACAGUGCAUAAUCUUUAAUGGAAUUUGUAUGAAAUUAAAUUAUACCAGC